AUGAAUAAUUCUAGGCCAAAUGAGUUACUAGUUAACAAUUUCAAGAUACCUAACUGGUCAGGUAAACCCCCGCCAGGUCUUCAUCUAGAUGUGCUCAAAGAUGGGAAAUUGAUUCAGAAACUUAUAAUAGAUGAAAAAAGCUGUUAUUUUUUUGGUAGAAAUAAGCAGUUGUGCGACUUUGCCGUGGAUCAUCAAUCAUGCUCACGUGUGCAUGCAGUUUUGGUAUGGCACAAAUUCUUGAGUCGUGCGUUCCUAAUUGACCUUGGAAGUGUCCAUGGAACUUUUAUUGGGAAAAUUAGGUUGGAACCACACAAACCUCAGCAGGUUCCAAUCGACUCUGAAAUACAUUUUGGUGCAUCUACUCGUGUUUAUAUCAUCCGUGAACGUCCUAAUCCUUUGUACAAUAUUUCUGGAAAUCCUUCGGACCCGAACUCGCAAGCACUAGAUGGCAAUGGUACAAUGGGUCCAGAAAAUCGCAAUCUGGAUGGGUCUGAUGCGGCCACAAAUUCUUUGGGUUUACUCUACUCUCAGCUUCCUCAAUCCGAGGUUGAAUUGGAUAAUUUAACCGAGUUUAACACAGCACAUAACCGUCGUAUAAGUAGCAUGGUUGAUGUUGCCUCUAAUCCUACAAUUCCUACUAACAAAGCACGUAAGAGACCACUGCAAAAUGUGCAUUUCAGUGACGCAGAUGAAGUUAUUAAUCCUGAGGAUGUUGAUCCUUCUAUUGGAAGAUUCCGAAAUCUUAUACAGGAGACUUUCAUACCAAAUAAGCGUGCUAAAGGCAGUCAUGAAGGUGCUAGCUUAGGUGUUGCAGCUCCAGACCUACCUGAAACUUUUCGAACAACUGGAAAAAAUAAUGUAGAUGGGAAUAACUCUGUUCAUAACUCAGGAAGAAGUUUGAUGCACAUGAAAAACAUAUUUGGACCUCAUUACAGUCUGGCUUCUAAGCUUGGUUUACCUGUGCCUAAUCUUGCUCCAGAUGUUGAAAGCGAACCUCAAGAGCCUACUUUACCACCAACUGUAGCAAUGCUUCAUGCCUAUGCACAUUCAAGACCUGGGACUUUAGGAAAUGCUUUUUCAGAAGGAAAAAAUACUGCGGGUGUAUCUAGACUGAGUGCCAGUGACAUAUUAGGGACUUCGAAUGAACUGGAUGGUGUUUCAGGUGCUAAUCAGGAUUCUGGACUAGAUAUGGGUCUUGUUGAAGCAAAUUAUCCUAAGAAGAAGAAGUACGCCAAAGAAGCAUGGCCUGGUAAACGUCCAGGGUUUCUGGUUGGACCUACGACCUAG